CACUUUUCUCCUUAGCUUCUGUUCUUAUAUACAAUGAGUAAGAAGAGUAGACUCCACACUAAUUCUAACAUAAGAAACACCUUUUUCUCUGAACUUGGCAUUGGGAUCUCAGGCAACUACUUCCUUCUUCUCUUCCAUAUUCUCAAGUUCAUUUGUGGGCACAGGCCCAGACUCACUGACAUGCCCAUUGGUCUCUUGUCUCUAACUCACCUACUGAUGCUACUGGUCAUGCAAUUCAUAGCCACAGACAUUUUUAUUUCUUGGACCGGAUGGAAUGACAUCAUAUGUAAAUUCCUUGUCUACCUCUACAGAAUUUUGAGGGGUCUCUCCCUUUGUACCACCAGCAUGUUGAGUGUCCUCCAGGCCAUCAUCCUCAGUCCCAGAAGCUCCUGUUUAGCAAAGUUCAAGCAUAAAUCUCCCCAUUACAUCUCAUGUGCCAUCCUUUUGCUGAGUGUCCUCUAUAUGUUAAUUAGCAGUCAUCUGUUACUAUCCAUUAUUGCCACCCCCAAUUUGACCACGAAUGACUUCAUUUAUGUUACUCAGUCCUGCUCUCUUGUACCCAUGGCAUACCUCAUGAAAAGCAUGUUUUCUACACUGCUGGCCAUCAGAGACAUCUUUCUUAUUAGUCUCAUGGUCCUCUCAACUUGGUACAUGGUGUCUCUCUUGUGUAGGCACAGGAAACAGGCCCAACAUCUACAAGGUACCAGCCUUUCACCAAAAGCAUCCCCAGAGCAAAGAGCCACCCAGACCAUCCUGAUGCUCAUGAGCUUCUUUGUGCUGAUGUCCAUCUUUGACAGCAUUGUCUCCUGCUCAAGAACUAUGUUCCUGAAUGAUCCAACAUCUUACUACAUGCAACUCUUUUUGAGCCACAUGUAUGCCACAGUCAGCCCUUUUGUGUUUAUAAGCACUGAAAAACAUAUCGUUAACUUUUUGAGGUCCAUGUGUAAGAGGAUAAUAAAUGUUUGA